CUCUGAAGUCUCUUCGUACCUCUAUCUCUCUCUCCCUGCCGUGUAGCUUCGACGAGCGCUGUUUCUGUGAAGGAGCAGAGCUCGCAUUUCCAAGUUGUGCAAGUUGUUACAGCUUACACACAUACAAAAUCGUUCAUUUCUCUAUAGAGUUGCCAUUGUUGACUGUCCCUCUUUUCCUUUUUAAUUCAUGAGACGGUGAUGAGACAGAGAUGUAGCUCUUUGGCUUUUGCUUCUUCUUAUAUCAAGUCAUCGAUCGUCGUCGGUGUCAACUGUCAACCCCCCCUCCUUUUAGUUUUUAUUUGAUUUCCUAUAUAUUACUCGGAGUCUCAAUCAUCUCUAAUAAGAGAUAGAUAUAAAAGGAAACGAAGGGCUAAAGCGAAGAACAGGCACUGCAUCUGCAUGCACUUGUUUAUCAGCUUUCAGCUUCAUCUUCUCUCUUUGCCGGUCAACAACGUUACCUGCAAUGUCAUCUCUUUCAGCGCGAACGGGCAGACACAAACAACGUUACCAGGAUCAUCUUAGGCUUGUAGCUGGGUGCAUUCCUUAUAAACUUGACAAGAACGUUCAGGAUAAAAACUGUAGGGUGGAGGACAGUGUACGUGUCCUCAUGAUUUCUACCCCAAAUCGUAAAGAUCUUGUCUUUCCAAAGGGUGGAUGGGAAGACGAUGAGACCCUUGAUCAAGCUGCAUGUCGAGAGGCCAUGGAGGAAGCUGGAGUUACAGGACUACUUGGUGAAAAUCCACUAGGAGUUUGGGAGUUUCGAAGCAAAAGCAGCCAGAAUAGUGGCAGCUUAUUAGGAGGCUGCAAAGGCUACAUGUUCGCUUUGAAGGUAACCGAAGAGCUUGACCAUUGGCCAGGACAGGCUAGUUACAAGAGAAAAUGGCUUAGCACAGAGGAAGCAUUUGAAUUUUGCCGGUAUGAAUGGAUGAGAGAAGCUCUUAAAAUGUUUCAGGCAAGUCUCUCCAAGGACAAUGCACAUGGUAAAGAGGAAGAGCCGACAGAGAGUGAUCAAAUGUUGUCAUCAGGUUGCUUUGUAAAGACAUCUGGUGUCCAGCACCUUGAAGAAUCCUCGGCCAAGCCUUGUUUAAUGACUAUCUAGAAUCAGUUACUGAAACUGUAGGUCAUGUUCCAGUUCUGUAAAGAUUGGAUCAUUGUACAGUACUGCAAUUAAAUUAAUGGAUAAAUGUCUGAUUCUUUUCUGGAGAAAAAAAUCCUGGUAUUACAUGUGCUGCUGCAAUGGCCAGACUGUUAAUUUAAGAAUGCUUGGGCCUGAUGCAGCCAGCCAUGCAAAAUAAAGGGCCCGAUUUACAGUGUAGAAAAAGCAGUUUUUAAUUUUAUUUUUAACUUUCUAAGAAAAUUUUCAAUUUUCAUUUUUAAUAAAAAUAGAGAAAAAUAAAACAAUGAGUUCAUUUAAUAAUAAUAAAUUUCAGUUCAA